GGUGUGUUUAACGAGGGAAACUUGGAAAACAUGUAGGAAUGCGGCCCCGAGGACUGGAGUUUGAGACCCCUGCCUUAAAUCCUUCAAACUCUACAUCCUCCGUGUCACUUAGAAACAAAGCUGCUAAUGAUGCCGGUAGUACGUGGGGCCCUUCGUCAUCCCGUGAUCAAGAUGCUAACGUUUGUGCUGCAACGCGUGUCACAGAUUACGCCUGUGACACGUGUCAGGUGGUACUGUCACAACAGCUUACCUGUUCUCACACUGUACUCCAAGGAUCCAUGUCCUCUGUGCGACGAAGCCAAAGAAGCUCUGCAGCCCCUCAAGCACAAAUUUGUCCUGCAGCAGGUGGACAUCAGUCAUCCGGAGAACCAAGUUUGGCGAGACAAGUACAAGUGGGACAUUCCUGUCUUCCAUCUGAAUGGUCGCUUUGUCAUGAAGCACCGCGUGGAUGUCAAAUUGCUUGACAAGCUGCUGGACGACCACCACAGUGACCAAUCAUGCAAACAAGGAAUUGAUGAACAAAUAAACACAUGAAGACAAAGUCA